UCCCUGUAUCUAUGUGUGUGUGUGUUUGGCUACCUGACCGUCUGUGCGGCUCUUCGGUCGUGUUCAGGGUCAUUCGGUUCAUCAUCCGGUGCUGAGCGCGAGCGACGAUGGCGACAUCACGGGCGUCUUCCUUGCUUCCGUUUUGCUCGUGACCACUAGAGAGAGAGAGAGAGAGAGGGGGGGAGAGGCGCAUUAAACCGUGGAAUAAAAGGACGGAGGGUUUAUAUCGGAGCCCGGUACUGAAGAAGGGAGGGACCCGAGUGGGUGUCGGUGCGCGUGCUCGCCGUGGUCCCCCUCCUGGGGCGUGCGUAAAAGGCUGAGUCACCCACCACCCGAGCGCCCAAAGGGUCCCUUUUGCAGAGAGGGACGCGGUGAACAAGUGAGUGGACGCUGAAGUGUAGAAAACAGGAGGAGGAGAAGAAAGAGGGAGAGAGAAGGAGAGAGAGAAAGGAAGCACAGUGGCAGGGGUGGGACGAGCGACCCUGAGAGAAGAGGACGAGCACUGGGCUCCCCCCUGACCCCUAAACCCCUGAGCUCGGAGUCAUCAUGAACGACCAGAACGUGGUGAAGGAGGGAUGGCUGCAGAAGAGAGGAGAGUAUAUAAAGAACUGGAGGCCGCGAUACUUCCUCUUGAAGACGGACGGCUCCUUCAUCGGCUACAAAGAGAAGCCCCAGGACGCAGACUUCGCCUACCCACUCAAUAACUUCUCUGUGGCCAAGUGUCAGCUGAUGAAGACAGAGAGGCCGAAGCCCAACACCUUCAUCAUCAGAUGCUUGCAGUGGACCACUGUGAUUGAGCGAACCUUUCACGUGGACACACCUGAGGAGAGGGACGAAUGGGUGGAAGCGAUCCAGAUGGUGGCGGACAAGCUGGCCAAGCAGGAGGAGGAAGGAAUCCUGUGCAGCCCCACCACCCAGAUCGAGAUCGUCAACGAGGAGGAGAUGGACACCUCCAUCAGCCACCAUAAACGAAAGACAAUGAACGACUUUGACUAUCUGAAGCUGCUGGGCAAAGGAACCUUCGGGAAGGUGAUCCUGGUGAAAGAGAAGGCCAGUGGAACUUAUUAUGCAAUGAAGAUCCUGAAGAAGGAGGUCAUUAUUGCCAAGGAUGAAGUGGCCCACACUCUGACUGAAAGCCGGGUAUUAAAAAACACUAGGCACCCCUUUUUAACCUCUCUGAAGUACUCCUUUCAGACCAAGGAUCGUCUGUGCUUCGUGAUGGAGUACGUCAACGGCGGAGAGCUGUUUUUUCAUUUGUCAAGAGAGCGCGUGUUUUCAGAAGACCGGACCCGGUUCUAUGGCGCCGAGAUCGUUUCUGCACUGGAUUAUUUGCACUCUGCUAAAAUUGUUUACCGUGAUCUUAAGCUGGAGAACCUGAUGCUGGACAAGGACGGCCACAUUAAGAUCACAGAUUUCGGCUUGUGUAAGGAGGGCAUCACUGAUGCCGCCACUAUGAAGACGUUCUGCGGAACUCCCGAGUAUCUGGCACCCGAGGUGUUGGAGGAUAACGAUUACGGGCGAGCGGUGGACUGGUGGGGGCUCGGCGUGGUCAUGUACGAGAUGAUGUGUGGACGCCUUCCCUUUUAUAAUCAGGACCAUGAGAAGCUGUUUGAACUAAUACUUAUGGAAGAAAUCAAAUUUCCCAGAACCCUCUCUGCUGAUGCCAAGUCUCUGCUUUCUGGUUUGCUUAUCAAAGACCCUAACAAAAGACUGGGAGGAGGUCCGGACGACGCAAAGGAGAUCAUGAGACACAGUUUCUUCUCUACGCUGGACUGGCAGGACGUUUAUGACAAAAAGCUCCUUCCCCCGUUCAUGCCCCAGGUCACAUCUGAGACAGACACCAGGUAUUUUGAUGAGGAAUUCACAGCUCAGACCAUCACGAUCACCCCUCCGGAGAAGUUUGAUGAGGAUGGCAUGGACUCUGCUGACAGUGAAAGAAGACCUCAUUUCCCACAAUUCUCGUAUUCCGCAAGCGGGCGGGAGUGAAGCUCGCUCAUUAAUCGGCGCCAGUCUUUUCAUCCGAGGCCAUUUAAGGAAAUUACGUAGCCAUGCUAGGAAAAGUCUGCACUCCUUCCCCUCCUCUUCCUCCUCCUCCUCUUCCCUCCCCCUGUUUUCUCUUUAAUUAUUUAAUGACUUGGAAGUUUUCAUUUUGUUUGUUUGUUUGUUUUGUUUUUAUUUUCAAUGUUGGGAAAAAGGGGUUUUGCACAGAUGGGUUUGACUGAACGUAGUCGACCCAUGUAAAAAAAAAAAAGAGAGAAAAAAAGAAAGUCUUGUACAUUUUCAGCAUUGUUGUUUACAGCGGAUCAAGAAGAGUUUUUGUUUGUUGUUUUUUUUCUCUGCAUUAAAUUAUAGUGUUACUUGAAAGUUUGUGAAUUUUCAAGGUAACAGGUGAGUUGGCGCUUACCUUUAUAUUCUCUAUAUUUCUGUUUCAAUGUGACUUAAAAUAUCAUCGAAUUUUCGCACCAGAACCCAAUUCAACAAACGAGAUGAACAUAUUCUACCUGGUCAUUUAUUUUAUUGAGGAAAAUGAUCCAAUAUUACAGACCAGUGAGUGGCAAAAGUAUGUGAACGUUUGCUUUCUGACCCCCUUGUACAGUAAUAAGUGCAGCUCCGUGUUUGUGGUGACUGUUGAUCAGAGGAGUUUUAUCCCGUUCCUCUGUACAGAGCAGCUUCAGCUCUGGGAUGUUGGUGUGUUUCCUCUCAUGAACUGCUCACACAACAUUUCUGUUGGAUUAAAGUCAGGACUUUGACUUGGCCGUUCCAAAACUUUAGCUUUAUUCUUCUUUAAACAUUCUCUGCUAGAACGACUCGAUGUCCUGCUGCAUGACUCGCUUUCUCUUGAGGUUCAGAUCACAGACAAACGUCCUGAGAUUUUCCUUUGGAACUUUCUGGAAUAAUUUAGAACUCCUUGUUCCAUCCAUCCUGGACCAGAUGCACCAAAACAGGCCCAAACCAUGACACUGUACUACCACCACCAUGUUUCACAGAUGGGAUAGGGUUCUUCUGCUGGAAUGCAGCGUUUUCCUUUCUCCAAACAUAACGCUUCUCACUUCAACCGAAAAGUUCUAUUUCGGUCUCAUCCGUCCACAAAACUUUCCCAAUAACCUUCUGGAUUGUUCACGUGAUCUUUAGCAAGGUGUACUGAGGCAGCAGUGUUCUUUUUGGAGAGUAGUAACUUUCCCUUCGCAACCCUGCCAUGGACACUGUUGUUGUUCUGAUGGUGGACUCUUGAACCAAUCUGAGAGUUACCCUAAGCUCAGAAGUUACCCCAGGUUCCUUUGUGACCUCGUGGUCACAAAAAAAAAUUUACACAGAGAGGGAACAGUGAUGCUGAAUUUCCUCCAUCUGUGGAUUGACGAAGUCUGAUCUCUUUAGAGACGGUUUUAUAACCUUUUCCAGCCUCGUUAGCAUCAACAACUUGUUUUCUGAGGUCCUCAGAAAUCUCCAUGAUGCACUUCCACAAACACAUGAUGUGAAGAUCGGACUCUGAUAGCUCUCUUAAGAAAACCGGACACGCGCUCGUACCUGACUGAAAACACCGACUCUAAUUUCACCUCCAGAUUAACUCCCGAUCCUCGAGGUUCACGUCCUUCUGCCACUCGCUCAUCGAUAUUUAUCAUUUUCCUCAAUAAAUAAAUGACAGUGUGUAACAUUUUUGUUGAACUGGGCUCUCUUUACCUACUUUCAGGAUUCGUGUGAAAAUCUGCUAAUGUUUUAGAUCAUAUCUGUGCAGAAAUGUAGAAAAUUCAAAAGGGUUCAUAAACUUUCAAGCACCACUGUAGGUCCAUCAGUAUUACCACUGACGAUGAGCUCUUUGGUUUGUAUUUUUUUUGGGGGGGGGUUAUGUGUGCUUGUUUUGUUUUAAAGAGCCGUUCUGGGGAACAAAACCAAAAAUGUUGCCUUAUGUGUGCGGACAGACGGAUGGACAGAGAGACAGGGUUCUUGGCUCACAAAAACUUUUCUUAUCUUCAUGUUUCUGCAUGGCACUGUAUAACAUGUUCCACCUCUCGCACUUGGUGACAUUACGGGGGAAACGUGUACGAAAGACAGACACUAAGGUUUAUUUAUUUAUUCUUUUUUUCGUUCAAAAGGGAAAGAUUUAAGUUACAGUACACAAAACUGCCAAUUACCAUAACGUAAACCUCACUCAGGCAACGUCGAGCACAAACUACUCAAACCGGGGAGAGAGACACUGGGGGGUAGAAAAAGACACGGGGAGACAUAGAGAGAGACGGGGAGACGUACAGAGAGAAUCAGAUGGGGAGAGAGAUGGGAGGCAGAAAGAGAGAUGGAGAGACAUACAAAGAGAGGGAGCAAGACGGGGAGAAACGUAUAGAGACCGAGAUGGGGACAGAGAUGGGAGGUGGGGAGAGACGGGGAGAUAGAGAGAGACAGAUGGGAGGCAGAAAGACAGACGGGGAGACAUGGAGAGAAACCGACGGGGAGAAACGUAGCGAGUGAGAGAGAGAGAUGGGGAGGCAGAGAGAGAGAGGAAAAAACAGACGGGGGAGAAAGGGAGAGAUGGAGAGACAGGGAGACAUGGAGACAGAUGGGGAGAAACGUAGAGGGAGGCAGAGAGAGUGAGUGACAGACACUGGGAGAGAGAGAGUUAGAGACGGGGGGGACACAGGGACAGACGGAAAGACGUACAGGGAGACAGAUGGAAGAAAUGUAGAGAGAAAGACAGAUGGGGAGAUGUACAAAGAGACAGACAGGGAGACUUACAAAGAGACAGACGGGGAGAAAUGUAGAGAGAGAGACACUGGGGGAGAGACAGACGGGGAGACGUACAAAGAGACAGACGGGAGAAAUGUAGAGAGAGACAGACGGGGAGACGUACAAAGAGACAGACGGGGAGAAAUGUAGAGAGAGAGACACUGGGGGAGAGACAGACGGGGAGACGUACAAAGAGACAGACGGGAGAAAUGUAGAGAGAGACAGACGGGGAGACGUACAAAGAGACAGACGGGGAGAAAUGUAGAGGGAGAGACACUGGGGGAGAGACAGACUGGGAGAUGUACAAAGAGACAGACGGGAGAAAUGUAGAGAGAGACAGACGGGGAGACGUACAAAGAGACAGACAGGGAGAAAUGUAGAGAGAGAGACACUGGGGGAGAGACAGACGGGAGAAAUGUAGAGAGAGACAGACGGGGAGACGUACAAAGAGACAGACGGGGAGAAAUGUAGAGAGAGAGACACUGGGGGAGAGACAGACGGGGAGACGUACAAAGAGACAGACGGGAGAAAUGUAGAGAGAGACAGACGGGGAGACGUACAGAGAGACAGACGGGGAGACGUACAAAGAGACAGACGGGGAGACGUACAAAGAGACAGACGGGGAGAAAUGUAGGGAGAGGGACAGACAGGGAGAGUGAGUGUCAGAGAGCCAGGGGAGCUGGGCAGAGAGACAGACAGGGAAACGGGGGACGUACGGGGAGAGAUGGGGAGACAUGCACAGAGAGAGACAGACACGGGGGGACAGGGGCGAGAGGGAGGGAGAGAGAUGGAUGUGGAAAGGUUUGAUGUGGUUUUGCUGUUCCACAACUCAGCUACAGUAUAGACAGAAUGUCAGAGCGCUGAUCUGGGAUCAGUUUUUCACUGUUCUGGAGGAUUACUGAGAUUCUUCCUCUCGUGUACACACACAGUUGAGUGCAAAAAAGCUUGUUUUUGUUCUUGUUAGGAUGUACAAACAAUAAUUUUUGAAGAAAUAGUGUAAUUUACAAGCAGAAAGCAGAACACCCCCCAUUCUCCUUAAGAGAAUCCUUAAAAUGCCUGCAUGAUGUAUUUCCACAUCCGGUACACCAAAGUAAAGACAGCCACUUACCACUUUUUGCUAAACUUGCUAAUUAUUUUAUUUUAACGACUCUUUCUUUCGUUACUCAUUGAGCCUUAACCUUUAACUCUAGGUGUCUCCUCCUUUUUCUUCAUGUAAAAUAGAACACUGUACCUCUUAUUUCACAUUGUCUCGAAAAAUAAAAUCAUUUCAUUCUGAAAUUACUGAACCGCGGGUGUAUAAUAGAUAUAAAAGAGGAUGAAGGGUGGAGAUUUGGUCUGUGCACGUUGCGUCCGCUCAUUUAUAUCGUUCGGAAGUGAAAAAUCAGAACGUGGAACAACCUGGGGCUUGGCACUAAAACAGGAAAUGAAUUCAUUUUCAAUAAUUCAUAGAAUUAUUUUUUAAAUAAUAUAUAUUGACAUUUUUAAUUCCUUCUACUUGUUUCAUCACAUAAAAAUCUAGAAAUCAACUAUUCAGGAGGGGCGGCACGGUGGUGUAGUGGUUAGCGCUGUCGCCUCACAGCAAGAAGGUCCGGGUUCGAGCCCCGUGGCCGGCGAGGGCCUUUCUGUGCGGAGUUUGCAUGUUCUCCCCGUGUCCGCGUGGGUUUCCUCCGGGUGUGCUCCGGUUUCCCCCACAGUCCAAAGACAUGCAGGUUAGGUUAACUGGUGACUCUAAAUUGACCGUAGGUGUGAAUGUGAGUGUGAAUG